AUGAGCUGUACGAGUUAUAGGCCGACAUUGAUAUAGUUCAGUGAAUCAAGAAGCAAUGGCUACGCUGGCCAGGUCAUUUAUUCCGGAUGGAUACGAAUAAUCCAGCUUUGAAAGUUUUCGAUGCAGUACUCGAGUGGAAACUCGGCUAUAAUCGCGUAAGCGAUGUCUACGCCAGUAACCAACUGCGAUGUGAUAUGGAGCUUCUAAUAAUUUAAUGUUUGUAUUGGCACACCAUCAAAAGAUAGGCAAAGCGUAGCCACUUUUUAAGGCUUUCGUUAUAUUAUAUAAGGGUGAAUAUGAAUAAGAUCUUGACAAAAGAUUUUUCUUGAAGUAAGUCAUUGGAGAUAGAUAUUAAAACGAUUAUCAAAAUAAACAGCUACAAUUUUAAGGUAGUUAACUAUUUCUAUAACAUUAUUAUCAAAAAUAUGUUAAGGAAAAAUGCAAUUUUUUUUUUACCAAUUUGUAGUAAUUUAUAUUUGGAUAUAGAAGUUAAUGCGCCACAACUUAUACCCCAGUAAUUCAUUGUAGACUUCACAUAAUUUAGUAUUUUCUAGUAGAACUUCUUUUAAAUUCGUAUGCAUUACAGAAUCAUCUGCGUUCAUAGUUUAGUUUAUAUUUUUAAUACAUAAUACUUUAGCUUAUCAAAUGCUAUAAUAGACAAAACGACUUUAAUGAGGAUCCCUUGGAAUACCAUUAAAAAUACUGUAAAAUUUAGAUAAAGUAUUAUUACUCGGAAGCGUCGAUGUGUAAUGAAAGCCAUACCAAAGAAAAAGGCUUUCUGGCUAAUUGGUUGCCAACAUGUUGACACGAUUUUUGGUUUCAAUUGAAUCUGCCACAAAAUGUUGGAUUUGAACAAGAGGAAUCAAUGUACUAUGUUUUAUUUUUAAAGCUGUUUGCGUGUGACUUACAAAAUUAUUUUUCUAUAAGCCGCAUAUUGCGGUCCAUAGUGGGAGGAAAGCUGAAUUGGUUUAUUUUGUUUAGGAAUUGUGAUGAUAGUAGCAGAUUUCCAGAUAUGAUAAGCAUUUAUCGUAAACUGUACUAUAAAGGUUAAAUAAUCUUUAUUUGGCUAAUUCUGGUAAAUUUAGAAGUAAUGGGUAAAAGGUACAGUCAGUACCAGGAGUUUUGCUUUUGGCGUGUUUCAAAGCAGAUUCUACAAUAAUUCACAAAACUCAAUUCUUUUGUCUAUAGAUUUAGCUGAGAACGAAAUGUUAACAGGAAAAUACGUUUCAGUAUUUUUUCUCUUUUGAAAGACUCUGAAAAGAUUUAGUCAUUAGAAUUGUCAGACCAAAUACUUGAGAAAUAUUUAGCAAUGUCAAGAGAGUCUAACUGACUCUCCUGGGUCUGGUUGUGUUGAAUACAACUUAUAUUAUUGCGUGGAACACCUGUUAGAGUUUUAAUAUCAUACCACAUUUUGUUAGGUGAAGAAGGAGGGGAAAUUUGAGUAGAAGUUUCGACUCCUUCACUGCUCUUUUAAACUUUGUAUUAUAGUUCCUAUAAUUGAUUAAAUUAUCAAGAGACAUACAAAGUUUGUGGGGCUUCCAUGAACUAAUUUUAUUUUCAGACAUUUCUGAUUUAUAUAAAUUCCAGCUUGCAUAUUCAGUCUUCAUACUUAAUUUUUCUAAAUUUCCGUCAGUUCAUAUCAAAAUAGUGAUAUGAAAAUGGUCACUACCCCUGAAAAUGGAGAAAAUUUUCCAGGUGGUUCUAGGCUUCAAUUGGGGGAAAUAAGUGAGAGAUCCAGAAAAUUCGAGAAAUAUCUUAUAUAUUGUUAGGGAUAAUAAAGAUUAUUAAGAUUUAUAUUUUGUGGAAAGUGAGUUUCCUGAAUUGAUCUGUAUUUUCUUCUCUAAUUGAAAUGAAUAGCUUUUUGUAAUUAUUAAAAUAUUAAUAAUAAUAAUCCAUUGAAUGAUUUUAAACAACAUAAACAGAUAAAAUAUGUAUGUAUGUAAUUUUAUUUGUUUGUACAAACAAACACAACCAGAUACAAACCAACCAUGCUUCUGUACAAACAUGGCUGAACUAUUCCCAAAGUUGUCUGUGAAUCCAAAUGUUUAAGAGAAAAUUUUGUGUUUAUAAUUCUAGCAUUUCAUCAUUUCCAACUGACUCCAUUUCAGUUGAAGACAUAAGUGGAACAAAAAGAAGUUCAGAUAAAGACGCUGAAGUGUUAAAUAUAGCACGGGAGUGGAUAAAUUGAAAGCGAGGCGAAAAAAUUUGUAUUAGGUUGUAAAACGGAAAAUCUGUGAUGAGGGGUGUUACUAGCAAAAGUGGGGGUAGAUUUUUUUUACGUUUUUUAAGUUAUUCGUAUCUGUAGAAAUUUUGUCAGUGGUAAUGUUGUUAGCUUUUGUUAUGUAUGUAGUGCCAGUUGUUGUUGUUGGUGUUGUUUUUUUUUUGUAGUUUUAUUUGUUAUUGGAAAUACUGAUUGUCUAUAAGUUUUUAUUGCUUCGCGUAUCGAGUAUUUGUUUUUUGUUUUAAUUUUCUUUAUUUCUUUUGCUUGAAUAAAUUUGCUGCACUCUCUGGAUGGCGAUGAAUGAUUGCCCUUGCAAUUGGAAUAUUAUGUACGAAUACACGUUGAUGAGAAGAAGCAAGCAAUUAACGCUUACGGGCAAACGUUUACAAUGCACUGGAGAUGCGAAAUAUUCUCUAACAAAGAAUUUAGACCCGACAAUGUCGAUCUUAUUGGGAAUUUUAUAGAGAUUAAAAGACCUAUUCGGAUCUGCAAUUUCUUGCUUCGCGACGGGCGGCAGCUGUCGCUGCUGCUGCAACCGUGUUACCACCACCGCCUCUUUUGCCGGCCGCAACAGUAGCAAUGACCGCAUCAGCAUCUAAUGGAAACAACGGAAGUAAUGGAAAUACAACCAAUAGGGGAAAUGAGUGCAGUGGUAGUGAAGGUUGUAACGGCCAAAUGACGUGUGAUGUCAAAAGUGCGACAACAACAGCGAUCCAUCAUUCUCUGCCCCACUCACAUCAUCAUGCGCAUGGACCUAUACCGCCUCCUACAGUACAACCCCACGACUUUCAUCCAGCUUAUAGAAUCCCAAGCUAUAUGGAACAUCUUUAUUCACUACAACGCACCAGCCCUACCGCAUCAUUUCAUGAUCCAUACAACCGUUGUCCUUCAACUUUUCAUUUGACCGGAUUAAGUCUGAAUUCCAAUGAUUAUUUAGGAGUACGUGCUGUUAGUUCGCUUGGCGACGUACAUCCAGUUACAGCUGCUGCAGCUGUAGCGGCAAAUUCAUUAACUAGCACCGAUUUUCAUUUCAGUGUCGAUGGGUCUCGGAUAAACAGCCCUCGGCCGGGAAGUAUACGUACCAGUAUUAGUCGAAAACGAGCGCUUUCCUCUUCCCCGUAUUCUGAUUCCUUUGAUAUAAACUCAAUGAUACGAUUUUCUCCAAAUUCAUUGGCUACAAUUAUGAAUGGGUCGCUCUCGAGUAGUGCUGCUAGUGGCUCCUAUGGUCAUUUAUCAGCAGGUACAAUUAGCCCUGUGCCACAUUUGCAACAACUCCAAGCACAUUUACUGCGUGCCAGUGCCGGCUUGCUACAUCCUCUGCCAUCACAUCAAGCUGCCGCCAGUAUUUUUGCAAUGGGCCAUAUGCACCCAUUACAAUCAGCUGCAGCAGCAGCGGCUGCCGCUGUAGCGACAGUUGUCAAUAAUGACGUUGGUUGCACUAGUAACGCUGUGCCACCAAUGAAUAAUAAUAACAAUAAUGAUAUUGCCAAUAUAACUAUUCCAAGCGAUGCUUCCAAGGAACCUUUAAUAAAUAGAAAACUGCAAUACGAAGAUGUAACUUCGGUUAAAAGUAAACCUGAGCAGCCAACAUCAUCAUCAAGUGGAGUAGUCGCACAAGUUGAAGCAGACAGCGCUUCAGCAAACUCCCUAACACGCCGUCAGCAACGCUGUAAAAGCCUAAAGGGUCCCUCAACAGCCAAGAAUAAUAAUGUAAAGUGUACUACAACAACAACACUGCACCGUAAAUUAGAAUGUCCCGUUCUAGAUACCACCGAUAUAAAAGAUGAACCAGCCGAUUUUAUUGAGACCAACUGCCAUUGGCGCGACUGUGGUAUCGAAUUUAUUACUCAAGAAGAACUUGUAAAACAUAUCAACAACGAUCACAUACAGACCAACAAGAAAGCAUUUGUAUGCCGGUGGAUUGAUUGCUCACGAGGAGAAAAGCCUUUCAAAGCGCAAUACAUGCUUGUAGUCCAUAUGCGUCGUCACACAGGAGAAAAGCCACAUAAAUGCACGUUUGAGGGUUGUUGCAAGGCAUAUUCUCGGCUUGAAAAUCUCAAAACUCAUCUUCGUUCGCAUACAGGCGAGAAACCAUACACUUGCGAAUAUCCAGGCUGUAGCAAGGCAUUUAGCAAUGCAAGUGAUCGUGCUAAACAUCAAAAUCGUACCCAUAGCAAUGAGAAACCAUAUAUAUGUAAAGCACCCGGUUGCACAAAGCGCUACACUGAUCCUAGUUCAUUACGUAAACACGUGAAAACUGUACAUGGUGCAGACUUUUAUGCUAGCAAAAAACAUAAAGGUUCCUUCCCCGAAGACGGAAAUGGUGGCAUAGAUAGACACGUUAUUGGUAGUAAUGCGCCAGGUGCAAAUGGUUUGAAAUUAACACCACUCUCGCAACUUCACAAUCAAAAUCAUCAUCAUCAAGUUGAUUCUAGCCCACGUAGCGAUGACGUGCUCUCUGGAAAAGCAAAUAGCGUAUCGAGUCCUAGUAUUAAGUCGGAAUCUGAUGCUAAUUCACCUGAACAUAGUCCAAGCACUAUGGAAGGACAUCAGCUGUCACUACAAGGAUCUCAAGUUAGGUCGGCUAUAAAUAAUCAUGGCAAUGAAAAUUCACGCUGUGGAUCUGGAUAUGGAGCUGAAGAAUAUCUUGGCAAUCCAACACCACUAGGUGAGUGUUGGGAAUACGAUGAGGGCUUGGAGGUUGCGGAGCUGCCAUAUGUUCUACGUGCCAUGGUUAAUAUAGGAAGUGGAGCUAAUGCAGGUAAUACCAAUAACAGCAACAUAAAUAGUAGUGGUGCUGGAACUAUUCUUGGAGGAGUCUUGCCACGCCAACGUCUACGUAGCAGACUACAAACGAAAGGUAUUAAUUUGGGCUCAGUAAUGCUAUCGAAUAUACCGAAAGUACGACGUAAUGUGGGCAUCGGAAUUUGUGAACUGAAUCAACGAAUUAAUAAUUUGAAAAUGGAGCCAAAUAGCUCGACAAUAUCGCCACUAAACGCAGAAUACACAACAAAAAUGCUGCCUCCAGCUAAUAAUCAUAUGACUGAGUUACAGACCCGCUCACAACAGCAGCAAUUAAUACGGCGAGAUAGUCAAAAUUCUAAUGCCAGUACAUAUUAUUGCAGCAUGCAAAGUAGACGUAGUAGCCAAUCAUCGCAAGUUUCUUCUAUGUCAACUAUGAGGCCUUCCUAUAACACGGGCUCUUUCUAUGAUCCUAUAUCACCCGGAUGCUCACGACGAUCCAGUCAGCUCUCCGGUACCACAUCUGGUGGCAUAAAUAAUGGUUAUUUCAAUGGAUGUAAUAUUAAUGGCAUUAGCAAUAGCAAUUCCAUUCACAAGAAUAAUAUUAGUGACUCUAUAAAAUCUUUGGCACCGAUAAAUGCAACAACUGGUUCUGAUAAGAACUCUCCAUGCAAUGAGUCAUCUAAAUUUAACGGCAGGAAUGGUUUACCUCCCUUGCCAUCAUCACAUUUGAUAUCAGCACAUUUUCAACGCCUCCAAGGGCAUAAUAAUCCAGAAAACGCCCAAACUCGUGAACAUUGCCGUGGUUCAAAUCCAAGUCUUCCAAUGGCGGAAUCAUUAGAACAAAAAAAAAAAAUUAAAAUUUCGAACUCUGUGGCCACAUCUAUGAAAGCCCUCUUAAAGCGUCGUCAAUCCGAGCCAAUACGCACAGAUAGCAGUCGGUGCACGGCCUCUCCAUGCAGUUCGCGGCCGGAUGUUUCAUACAGAGCUUCCAACUCAAAUGGUUCCACUAGUGGUGUAGAAAUGGAAGCCGACCAAAGUAAAAUAAAAGUUACUACGUACUGUACUCAAAAUGGAGAUCAAUCUACAUCAACAUCUGAACACCAUCCCAAUGAAAGAGUAAAUUUAGAUGAAAUAGAUGAGGAUGAACUUAUCGAAGAUAAAUUGGUAUUACCAGAUGAAAUGCUUCUGUAUUUAAAUCAAGUAGUCGAUAAACCAAGUCUUACGUCACAACGGGAGCCAGCAAACAAACAACCUUCACAAAUGACACCAAUAGAAGAACAACAGCAAUCAAAAAUUGAUAAAAGUGCAACAAUUAAUGAAGAUACCCUUAAUCACCAAUUAGGAUCAUUAUCAUCAGCUUUAAUACAUUCAAACAGUCAAAACAUAACAGAGUCAAGCCAACUACAUUUGAGGCCCACUUUGUCUUCCUCACCCAUAUAUUCCAUGUCGGCAAUGGGUAGUCCUCAUCCGAAUCUUAAUUACGAAGCGGCUGAUUACUAUGGCACCCAGUCUGAACUUGUUUAUAUUCCGACCAACGUGGAAAACAAUUACAGAUAUAACUCAGCAAAUUUCACACAUUUACCAAGUCAACUGCACCCACCGCAACAAUUCGGUGAAAAUCACACCCGUUUAGGCUAUUUCCGAUCAGAGAACUUCGAUCUUCAAUCUAGAGUACACAAUGUUAAUUCACAACAAUAUCAUCAGUAUCAUAUGCAACAAGUGCAGCCUCUUCAGCAAGCAAAUAUAUGUAUUUGUGUUGAUUCAUCAAUGACCAGUUUACCUGAAACUAAAGAUGAUUAUAAUUCCGAAGCUUCUUGUGAGCCCACCAACUUACCAGAGUCAUUAGGAAUUGGUGAAAACCUUUUUCAUAGAGCUCUUCUACCAGCAGCGACUCUUCGGUUACAACAGCAACACCAUCCCCACAUUCAUCAAAUACGUAGCUCAUCUGUACCAGCACAAAACAAACCAAUGGAAAAGUUAGCUAUUGCGGAAGUACAAUGCGGAGAUAUCAGUCAAUCCCAAAUGUCGCCCAUAUUGAAAGUACACCAAUCAGUGACAUCAGAUAAAACUGUGAUUCCAGCGAAUACAACAGCAACACAGACGACGGUAACUACGACAACCGCAGGUGUACAAUCAGUAACAGCCAAUCAAGCUCAAGUAGGUUCAACAGGCGAACACUAUUUAAGCAACACUCCACACACAAUAACAACAACAAUUAUGGCGUCAACAAUCGCAUUGCGAGGCACUGGUGCAAAUAAUAGUCAAUUUUCUGCUUACAUUCCCAACGACGGAUUAAUCAGUAAUGAGAAUAUGCACUGCGAUACAUAUCAACGCACACUUGAAUAUGUGCGAAAUUGUCAAAACUGGUUAGAGGCACAUAAUUCAACUGUAAAUUGCAAUAGUAAUCAAGAGAGCGAAAGACCAGAAUACGAUAACAGCACUCAACAAGCAGUUAGUAGUUCAACUCAUCCCAACUCAAAUAUGAUCAUUAAUGAUUUGACAACAUCGUUGAGCUCACUUCUGGAAGAGAACAGAUAUUUUCAACUUUUACAAUGAAAAAUCUGAAUCGAUUGGUACUUAUUAAUGUGAGAUCGUUAAUGAUGAAAUGGUACAGAAUUUAACUUACAUUUAAGUAACAUAUUUCUUAGCUGCUGAAUUUUAGUCUUAAAAGAGGAAGCCGAAGAACUUAAUAAUCACUUGGUCAAAUUGAAUAGACAAAUUUUAACAAAUACAAGCUGUUAUGCAGUUUUGAUGUUUUCAUAAUGCAGGUUAAAAUAUUCACAAUGAAGAUACCCACCAGAAGUAAAAAACGGGCUUUAAAUUUUUUAAUAACGUUAAAGAUAACGCUGCGAUGCAUAUAUGUAUAUAUAUACAUAUAAAGCUAUCAGCAUCGUAUGCAUCGCAUCGU